UCUUCUUCAACCUGUGCAUGACGUGAUGAAGGAGUCUUAAGUAACGGUAUUGCAUCUUCUCCGGAACCCUUGUUAACAUCAUCUUUAAUUGUCGUCUCCUCAAACUCUCAUGCAGCAGCUUUCUCGGAGCCAUGGAUUAACAUGUGAAGUUAUGACAAAAAAAAAACAAUGUUAUAUUUGGCAUUGACUAGGUUAAAACUUGGAACUUGGUGAUUGCAAAAUGACCCAACUUAUGUUAUGAUCACUUGGAAGCAUUGGCAAGAAAGAAGACACAUAUUGGUUAAAAAAAUAAUAUCUGGGUAGCAAGAGUAUAUUGCAGUAGUAAUAUGAGCUUUCUCAAUUCAAUUUUAUCUGCUCCAACCCAGGUUCAAAAUUCCCAGGAUGCAAUUGUGAGCGGUGGGGGUCUAAGUCAUAAUGGAAAAUUCAGCUAUGGGUAUGCUAGCUCUCCCGGCAAGAGAUCUUCAAUGGAAGAUUUUUACGACACUAGAAUUGAUGGUGUUAAUGGUGAAGUCGUUGGCCUUUUCGGAGUUUUUGAUGGUCAUGGUGGUGCUCGUGCUGCUGAGUACGUCAAGAAAAACUUGUUUAGUAAUUUGAUCAGUCACCCGAAAUUCAUUUCUGACACCAAAUCAGCCAUAUCUGAUGCAUAUAAUCAUACCGAUUCUGAGUUUCUGAAGUCAGAAAAGAACCAAAAUAAAGAUGCUGGUUCAACUGCUUCCACUGCGAUUUUAGUUGGUGAUCGCUUGCUUGUUGCAAAUGUUGGGGAUUCCAGAGCUGUCAUAUGCAGGGGUGGUAAUGCUAUUGCUGUUUCUCGAGACCACAAACCAGACCAAACUGAUGAGAGGCAGAGGAUUGAAGAGGCAGGAGGAUUUGUUAUGUGGGCUGGAACUUGGAGAGUUGGAGGUGUUCUUGCUGUUUCUCGAGCGUUUGGUGAUAGACUCUUAAAGCAAUAUGUUGUUGCUGAUCCAGAAAUUCAGGAAGAAAAAGUUGACAAGUCCCUUGAGUUUCUUAUCCUAGCUAGUGAUGGACUAUGGGAUGUUGUCUCAAAUGAGGAAGCAGUUACUAUGAUUAAACCAAUUGAGGAUGCUGAAGAAGCAGCAAAGAGGUUGAUGCAAGAAGCAUAUGGGAGAGGUAGUGCAGACAAUAUCACAUGUGUUGUGGUUCGUUUCUUGACUAACCAUGGCACUUCUUCUCAUGGUUGUUCUGGAGGUAAUCAUGGCACUUCUUCUCAUGCUAAUUCUGGAGGUAAUCAAGGAACUUCUCAUGGUAGUUCUGGAGGUAAACAUGGCACUUCUCUUGGUAGUUCUGGAGAUAAUCAUGGCACUUCUCAUGGUAGUUCUGAAGGUAACUAUGGCACUUCCCAUGGUAGUGCUGGAGGUAACCAUGGCACUUCUCAUGGUAGUUCUGAAGGUAACCAUGGCAUUUCUCAUGGUAGUUCCGUAGGUAACCAAGGCACUUCCCAUGGUAAUUCUGGAGGUAACCAAGGCAUUUCUCAUGGUAGUUCUAGAAGUAACCUGGGCAUUUCUCAUGGUAGUUCUGGAGGUAACCAGGAUAUUCCUCGUGGUGAUUCUGGAGGUAACCGUGGCACUUCUUCUCAUCGUAGUUCUGGAGGUAACCAAGGCAUUUCUCAUGGUGAUUCUAGAGGUAACCAUGGCAUUUCUCAUGAUAGUUCCGUAGGUAACCAGGGCACUUCCCAUGGUAAUUCUGGAGGUAAUCAAGGCAUUUCUCAUGGUAGUUCUGGAAGUAACCAAGGCAUUUCUCAUGGUAGUUCUGGAGGUAACCAGGAUAUUCCUCAUGGUGAUUCUGGAGGUAACCGUGGCACUUCUUCUCAUCGUAGUUCUGGAGGUAACCAAGGCAUUUCUCAUGGUGAUUCUGGAGGUAACCAUGGCACUUCUUCUCAUGGUAGUUCUGGAGGUAACCAAGGCAUUUCUCAUGGUGGUUCUGGAGGUAACCACGGUACUUCUUCUCAUGGUAGUUCUGGAGGUAACUAUGGCACUUCACAUGGUAGUUCUGGUGGUAACCAUGGCAUAUCUCAUGGUGGUUCUGGAGGUAACCGUGACACUUCUUCUAUUGGUAAUUCUGGAGGUAACCGUGACACUUCUUCUAUUGGUAAUUCUGGAGGUAACCACGGCACUUCCCAAGGUAGUUCUGGAGGUAACCAUGGCAUUUUUCAUGGUGGUUCUGUAGCUAACCAGGGCACUUCUUCUCAUGGUAAUUCUGGAGGUAACCAUGACACUUCUCAUGGCAGUUCUGGAGGUAACCAUGGCACUUCUCAUGGCAGUUCUGGAGGUAACCAUGGCACUUCCCAUGGUAGUUCUGGAGGUAACUAUGGCAUUUCUCAUGGUGGCUCUGGAGGUAAUCAUGGUACUUCUUCUCGUGGAGGUAACCAAGGCCCUUCUUCUCAUGGUAGUUCUGGAGGUGUUAAUAAAAACCCUCCGAAAGUUUAUUAUAACUGAGUAAUGGAUCCAAAAAUCAGAAGACUUGGUCAAAAUUGGCUUAUAAUUGGUUGUGGCUAGUAAUAUAGCAGCUAUGGUGUUUCAACAAAAAUUAGAAAUAAAUUCCAACUCAUUAUGGCCCUGUUUCAUAACCAAAUUAUUAUCUCACUUCCAUGAUUUAGCCUAUAUUUUGUAUCUAGGAAAUGUGUGUAAUGUGUGGUCAGAGUUGUCAUGCACCUUCUGCAUGUAAACACGAUUCUUUUAGUCUGUCUAAAUUUCGUUCAUGGUUAGUUAUUUAUGUUAUAUGCAGCAGUCCUUUUCUACAUUCAUUGUAGCUUGUAUAAUAUACAUAAAAGAAUAUUGAUUUCCCUCUGCUUGCUA